GCUUCCCCCAAGAGGAUCAUGGGAAACGAUUCUGGCUACUGAAGCGGAGGGAGUUUCGAAAUAUUUUGGAUUAGUUACGUGGAUCCGGCAAUCUCAACGAACCCCUUCUCGACGAACUGAUGCUGUCUUUGAAACAUGGAGCUAAAGUUGGAGGUUGUUUUGUCAUCCAGCAUCAAACGGAAGAAACCAUGGCCGCGCUUCUGUUGGCUUGGGAAGGAGAAGGAGUCUGUGUUCCUGUUAGAUGACAAACGGAUCAGUGAGAUCAACAUGGUGUCUGGUCGCACCAAAAAGAGGACUCCAAAACUCCAUCCUUUGCUCAACAGUGUGGUGACAAUGGCUUCAUCCCACAAUGGGAUAUGGCUUUGUGGACUUUUGGUCUCAGGAGAGCUGUUUCUGUGGAACCGGGAUAAAGACUUGUUGAAGACGGCUGCAGCAGUCCCAGAAGUAGUUCAAAUUAUUACUGCUGUUCAAGGGAAUGCCACGCGACUGUCACUCCAGGUUUCAGGGGAUGGGAUGCGUGCGCUCCUGGUAGCCACCACAGGGCAAGUGUUCCUGUGGGAGUGUAUGGAUGUCAGGGAUUUGACGGGGGUACGAGAUGGCACAGUCAAGGGACACUGGGCACAUAUACAGCCCCUUGAAGACUCCAUUCUGCCUUCUUCACAAGACAAAGAAGCAUCCCAACACACUAUUUUCACCAAGACAGAGGUUAUGGGUGAUGCCUGCUUAUCCGCCUUUGUUUUCACAUCUGGGAAGAAGCUAAUCGUCACCUGCCUGAAAAUUCAGUGGGAAGAGGGCCAUGUGAGAGUGGGUUCUGUGGGAUACAGCAUAAAAUGGGCCACCAAGAUAUACCCCAUGUCUCGUCUCACCCCGCCCUGCCAACCAGUGAAGUCCAGAGGGGCCUUGGUGCCAGCCUUCUCUCCAGAUGGCCGUCUGUUAGCCAUCGUCCUGAACCAGAGACAGCCUAAGGCCACACAGGUCCUCUUUGUGAGCACACAUAAUUUUGUCUCAAUAUCAAGUGGCCUCGGAGGAUGUGGAAGUAAGAAGAUGGAGAUCCCCUCUAAAUACAUAAGGUCCUACUGGGUGGGCAGUGUGAGCUGGUCACCAGGCGCGCUUUUCCUGGCCUGUGUUCUGAAGAGAGGCUCCCUUCUUAUGUUGGCUCGCCUUGGGGGGCUUCUCACUCUAACAAGCUGUGGUUGCAAUGUGGACUUUGGGCCGGCACAUUUUCUACCUCUGCACCCUCUCGUCACUUACCGUGCACCAAUGUCUGCAGGGAAAGAGGAUGCCUCUCCUUCCAGCUCCAGCUUGUCUGUGCGGGAUGUCCUGAGGCAGCGGUAUUCUGUGACAUGGCACCCCCGGCUGUUGUAUCUCAUCGUGUCUGACGGCUACAUGGCCACAGUUAUGAGGCUGCUGGAUAAGCCUUCUCCUUCGCUGUUACUAAAAACACUUCUGAAUGACACAAGCAAGGACCUUGAGAAGGCCAGCCGGAUCCUGGAUAAAUCACAGAUUCAUGUGAGGGCAUGGUUGGAGUCCCUAUCUUGCCUGAACCUUGACAGUAGCGUUGCUACACACCGCGGGCCCAACACCUCAGCCUCUGUCGUUACAGAAGCCACAGAUUUGCCACUUUUUCUGCAGGAUCAGGGGACUUUGGGUGGUACCAAGGAGCUUCUUGAAAAAGUACAGACUUUCUUUGAGGAUGACUCUGACGUAGAUGGACCUCCUGCUGGCUCUCAUGUGGAGGAUGGCGGCCGUCUGGAGUUUGCCUCAAUGUUCGACACACUCCACGCCCUGGACACACAGACUGACGCUGGACUUAUCACUAGCCCAGAUUUUGAAAAGGACUUUGUUGAAACAGAGAGGAAGACUCCUCUUCUUCGUCGUGAACUUGGAAAAAUCCAGACUAAGCUGUUAACAGCUUGGGCUUUUGGCAUGUCUCUGGGAAAUGCUGUAGAAAACAGAACUCGUCUGCUGAAGCACGCCCUCUACUGCGUGGUGCGCUUUGCUGCUUUACUCCAUCUGAUCCCUCACUCCGCGGUCCACACUGGGAAAAAGAAUAGCUCGGUUUCUACUUGCCUUCUGCACCUUCUCAAAGCCCUUCUGUCUUUUCUUCCCUGGGAUAGCACUCACUCACAUGGGCCUUGCUGCCUGGGGCUGGUGGUCGAGCUCAGUAAACGGCUGAUACGCCUCCUGCUGACCCCUCACCCCGAUGGUCAGUUAACAUCUCAUAGUCUAUCCUCAGUCCUGCAUAUCUUGGAGCUGGUCUCUGAUUCUCUUGAUCACACCUACAGCCUAGAGCAAAGAACUAUCUGGUCCUCUGCAGAGAAGGAAUCUCUUUCCCAGCCAGCACAGCUCUGGCCCUCAGAUGUACACUAUGUGCCUCUGUUACAGGAUGACAAGGAAGAGAAAUCUAGUUAUGUACAUCAUGCACAAGCUGUUCCCCGGCGACCAUCCAGCAGAUUGUUGGGAGUCUGGCAGUGGGUCUACAAGAUCACCCAGCAGUAUAUGGAGGAACUGAAAGGCUUUAAAGGCUGUGAUGGCUGGGAGGAGGAACAGCAACAGUUGUCUGUCAUCAUGUCCCGGAUCCAAACAGCUCUGCAGGCCACAGGAGAAAGGCUCGAGGAGCGUCUUACUCUGCUGAGUUACCCAGGUGAAUAUCUUUUCCUGUGUGGCUCUUACCCAAAAAGUGGCGAUACAUUACGGUCACAAAUUUGCGAGGAGAGUGCCAAAAACUGUGAUCGUAGCGUCUUCAAGGAGACACGGCUUUGUCUGGCACUCCUCUACAGUCUGCUGUCCCAGUACCAUCUGAGAGAAGCCCAGGAGUUGGGGGACCACAUGGCCCGCCUGAUCCUGCACAGGGACCAGAAGGACAACAUGACCUGCAUAACAGCAGACUCUCUUCCCUGCCCGUGGCUGCCGAUGGACCUUCACAGUGACGCAGCUUGUGCUGUGGUUCAGACGCUCGGGAGAUUCAUGGCCUCUUAUUUCUCCAACCAACCCCUCUGCAUCCUUCCCCCUCACCAUGUGGCCGUCCUGCCUCCGCUACAUCUUCCUCACGCCCCUGGUGUUGAGCGCUUGGUGUCACUGUGCCAGGCGGAGGUGACGAGAGCAGUGCGACAACAGCAGCUGUCAGAAGUAUGGACAGUAGACUACGCCCAGGACCUGCUCCUGCUCGGGGGUCUGCUUCCUGAGACUGUGUGGUUGGCGUAUCAUCUCGGGGACUGGAAGACAGCGGCCUCUCUGAGCCUGGCCUAUACGAAUUACUGCACUGACCACUUUGACUUCACUCGGCUCAGGAGGAGAGAGCUCCAUCUGCCAACAGCUUUAGAACCAGGAAGCAUCUUUCAGGUUGAAUUGGAGUGUCUUCUUGGCAAUACGUCCGAGUCCCAAGAGCGCAGAGAUAAAGAUGGAGACAAGAGCUUCACAGACCCUUCGGAAGGAGAAGACUGGGACUUGUUGCAGGUUUCCAUACAGGAGAUUCUGAAGGCUUCAGUCAUGGCUGGAGUAAAUGUCAUGUCGUCACCUUUGUCUUCCUUGCUGGACACAGCCAAAGACCUGUGUUCUUGCCUGCCUACCUUGGUGCCCAAUGGACUGUAUCUGCCCUCCCCACCUCUGUAUUGCCCUCAGCCGUCCCCCAACACACAGGACCCAAUUGGGACAAUAGGGCAGUUUGCAGAAGUUGCAUCACGUCACAAAGUGUCUGGAGUUCUCCAAAGAUUACUGUUACUUCUGAGAUCUGCACGUUGUUGCCAUCCUGCUGCCCAGUGGUACAUCAGCCAACUGCGCCAUUCCAGACACAUACUACGCAAGAUCAAGAAGAAGUACUCCUAUCCAUCAGCCGCUCAAGAAGAAAAGGCUUUCCCAGAAGGCCUGAUGAAGUUCGUCACCCGUGGUGGAUUCUUCAGACGGGGGCCUAAUAAAGACGGUCACCUGGACCCCGACACCGUUCAAACUCUUAUCUGUUUCAGGGAGCUGUGUGGUUUGUGCUGGAUGCUUCAUGUCAGGGACCAGCUCUCCAUUUCCUGCAGGAAGUAUCAGGCUGCCAGACAGCGUGGUAGAGAUGAGCAGAUCGAUGGUUCAGAAGUGAUAUCAAGCUGUAUCGAGGCUCUCCGCUGGGCCUGUCGGUUCCUGCCUUUCUCUUGCUUCCUCAAUGCUGAGGAGAUCCUCCAGGACAUACUGCUCAGCCUCGUGUCCGAACUUCCUCCUCUCUCUCUGGUGGCAGACACGUUGGUGCGAGCCUUCCCAGAGGAGGAAGAGUCUGUAAGAGUCGCUCUGAGAGAGAAGUAUAACUCACAGCUGCAGAGACUGAGGCGAUGCAAUGUCCUUGAUGGGGAAAAAGAGGAGAUGAACGAGUUGAUGAUGAUUGUGAUUCAAGACAAAUUCAGGCAGAGGAGAAAACAUCUUGGGCGUUUGACGAGGCACCUGGCCCCCCCUGAGCUUCAUCUGUGGGAGAAAGAGGAGGAAGUGGAGGACAGGGGAAGCAAACAUGGGAUGGCCAUGUUGAGGCAACUCUCACUGGGUACAAGUCUGAGCACCAGCACCUUAACUGACUGUGGGUUCCCCCCCGUGUACAGCGAUGGAGACACAGUGGAUACUACAUCUGAGGUUAUAUCUCCUGAAAUCAGGGGCAAAAAAGCAAAAAAGGUCAGAGACAGAGAACAUGCAAAGAAGUCCGCUGUUAAGAUCGGAAGCGUCAUUCAGGAGGAGAGUCAGCCAGGCGAUGCCAAGGAGAAUGAGCAGCCCUCCCUACCAGUGGUUGGCACCUGGGAGUUUGAGCUGGAAGAUGAAGAGUAUCUCAGUUUCCUGGAGCUCUUCCUCAGCUAUGUGCUAGAGAAGGAUAGUGCUGAUGGAGACUCAGGAAGUGAACUUCCUUUGUUGAAGGGCUUCUCCUCCCAGCUGCGGGAGAGAGAGUUGCAUUCUCUCACCUUUGAUGUGCUCACAACUAUUCAUCGACGUCAAAGAGAUGUGCACCAUCCGGCGCGGAAACACUUAGGCAAUGAUCCUCCGGUGUUCAGAGCUGGCUGCUGCUACAAGCCCGUGAAACAAGUUGCAACUCCGGAGCUUCAAACCUCCUCCGUCUGGAGUGAAGCUCCCGUAUCCAGAGCUAACCUUUCUGUCACGUCUUAUCCUGGGCUGAGAUCUGGCAGGCAAAAGGGUUUGUUUGGCCUCCGACAGCAGAGGCCUUCAGGCCACGGAAUGAAGGCGGGGCUCUUUGGUUCUGAAACUAGCAAUGUUCAAAGUGCCUUUCCCGCGGGGCAGCCUUCAGAGAGCUUGGUAUUUGGCUCCUCAACUUCCGUGGAGGCUGUGAUUGAACUGCAGCAGGGCCUGGGCUCUAAACUAGAGGCUCAGUUUCCAGAGCUGGGCAGGCUGCUGGAGUGGAUGGUACGCUGGGCUGACAGGAGGGUGCUGCUGGGACAUCAUGGCAAAAAUAAGAAAGAGAGGGGAGCGGGGGAUGGAGGAACAGCUGAUGAAGGAGUAGUGAUCCGCGUCAAAGCCUCGGCGCCUGCCGUCCUCACGUCCCUCGGCUUGCUGGAGCGCAGGUACAUCGCUCUACUCGGGACUGACCGCUACAGAGCCCACAUCCAAGUUCCAGAAACACAAUGGAUUGUAGCCCCUGUGUUGCAACCUGAAGUGCAUAGGAAUGUGGAGAGAGAGAGCAGCGUUGACACGGGCUACCCUGGAUCAGCCAACACUCCCAUCAUUGGUCUUGAUCACAAUAUACAGCAUGGAGAACUGUCCAUUGGUUCUCGCACAGAUGAACCAGAGGAGCUGACAUUCCACAGAACACCUCUCCCUAAUGAACAGGAUCAACUGACCUUUAAUGCUGAGCAGAGACAAUCCAGUUCACAACAACCAUCUCUUGAUGACUUAGAUGUUACACCUGAAAAAGAAGGCAAAGAUAGUAGCAGUGAGGGCUUGGAAGUGUUGUCCUCUGUCAUCUCGGGAAACAUCUGCUCGCCUGAAACGAGUUUAAAGCUUGCAGACCUGGACUUCUCAGAAAACGCUGAAGACGUGUCCAGCUCCACCUCUCUCCACAGUCAUGCUAAAAGCCUGCAAGCCCCCCCGCACCCAGAGCCCCAAGCUCUUCCCACUGUCCAGCCUGAGGAAGAGGUCCAUGCAGAGCCUUCUGGUUCAACUGGAGUGCUGCUCCCCAACUCACCUGUGGAUCCUCCGAGCCUCCAGCCACAAAGCUCCACAGCUGGGCCCCCCACUGCGGAAUCUAUACCCAAUCAGCCAUUGUCCAAUCAGACUCCGCCGAUGCGACAGCGUCUGGGUGAAGACUUAUUCCGAUUGGUUCAGCAUAUCAACUACAUGAGCCUGAUGGACGUUUUGGGAGCUUCAUUUUCUAGCCUGCAACUUGCCCAACAGAGCUCUUCUUUGGCUCAGUCCAACAUGAACUCCUCACACCCUAAUGUGCCGUCAUCUUAUGCUACCAAUUUCAUUCCUCAGCCAAGUGCCUUACCCGUUCAAACCACCAUUCCUGUGCCACUUCAGACACAGGCACAUGUGCCAAGUUCAGGAUCCAACAACCUUCAGUUCAGUCAGGCCUCUGCAGGUCUGUUUGCAGAACAGCCUGUCAUGCAAAGCUCAGGGAAAACCUCUCCAACAGGAGGCCAGCAUCACACCAGCAGGAAUCUACCCUCCACCGCUAAUGGCGCAGGUGUAAGUUAUCAGGAAAUGCAGCCACUCUCUGUCCAGGCGAUGUCACCAGAAAUCCAGUUUAGGGAGAGCAGGAGGUUAAUCCCACCCUCGCAGGGGCUUCUGGCCACUACUGACACAAGUCAUGCUGUUCCCAGUGCACCUGUGUUACUGCCUUCUAAUGACAGCGUACAAAGUGAUCCUGCUCCCCAGUUCCUGGGCUUGAAGUUACUUCAGCUCCACCGUCCUGCAAUGGCCCAGCAGAAUGCCCCACACCAUCACACUGCAAACCCUACUACUAUAGAAUCCCAUCAGCACAAGCUUAAAAACAGUCACCAAUCCACCUCGGUUCCAAAAAGACAACUCGGCUUUAAUCCUCCACGUGAGCAAACUCCCAGGAACUCUCAACCCGAGGGUGAGACAUCAGAGAGAUCCAGGGGGCAAGGGUUCUCCCUACCUCCUCCUGCUUUACCAGCUCACACAGCUGCACCGACGCAGGGCAUUCGUCUGCUGCACUUUCAGCCUGUUCCACACGGCAACACCACUUUCCCAAAACUCCCCUUACCCCCUUCCUCCAGGCCCACUAUUGUCAUUGCCGCUCCGAUGGGAGAAGCACCAAUGAUCAAGCUUCUCCAUAUAGAUUCUGGACCACAAAUGAUGUUUCCCGAGGCAGCACCUUCUGCCCAAAUGACCCGUCUCAUGUCCAUGGAAGAGUUGAGAAGUUCAGCGUUCGGGAGGCAGAGUGCCGAAGAGGCUCCCCUGCGGUUGCUCAGAGUAGACGCGCCCGCUGAAAGCUCUAGAAGAGCUACCACGUCUUCCAGCUCUAACUCCAGCAAGAGGAAGAAGAGGAGAGAGGAGAAGGCGGGGAGGGCAAGGAAAGCAGAGGUCAAGUUCAGACCAGAUGAGUCUAUCAUCCCUUCACAAGAGCCAGCACAUGAGCCUGUACACGAAGAGCCUCCAGCUGCGGAAGAGAUCCCCCCUGGACAGGAUGUCGCCAAUUACGCUCAAUUUGGGGCCUUCGAUUCUGUGCUGACUGGUCAGAGAUUAUUGGACAGGGCAGAGUCCACUUCAGCUGAGCUCCAUGCUUUUGCUUCUACAUGUAAAAGACCCCCAGAGUGCCAGGAUGCUUUCACCAACACAGACCCGGCCUUUCCUCCCACACUUGUGGAUAAAGCAGUGUCAGCCUCUGUGACUGCCACUAGCCCCAAAUCACAAAGGAGUCUGCACUUUGGCAAUGAGCACCUUGAUCAACACACAGAGGAGUUAGAGAAGAAUCUGGGUCUGGAUGGCCGGCAGUUUAUAAGCGUCUUGGAUCUAGAAGACAAAGCCGUGCAUCAGGACUUGCCAGCCUGUCUCAGCCCAAGAGCACACGAUGUUCUUUCUACCCGCCCUUCCUCACCUACAUCUGCUCAGCUUCACGUACUUGCAACUUCUGUUAUUAGAAGUGGUGAUCCACAACCCGUAAUCACAAUUCCAGAAGAUCUCCACUGGAGAUCUCACACAGAUGUCCCCGAGGAGUCGCCGUCACGCAGCCACAUUGAGCCCGACAGGGAUGCAGAGAGAAUCCCUCUACACGCCAUCGUAGAUCCACCUGACUCUGAAGUCUGUAAAGCCAUAAAGAAGCAGAGCGUUGGACCUCACAGCGCCUCAUCCACACCUCCUACAGUCUGGUUCUCCUCCCGCCUGUCAGAGCUGGACGCUCAGCUGGCUGCUCUGCAGGACAUCGCAGACAAUCUGGAGAUGGACUUUUCUAACUCCAGGAUGCUGGUGAACACUAUUGAAAAGCUCACACCAGUCUUGGCUCCCGAUGUGAAGAGUACCACAGCAGUGAAAAAGACAGUCAGACUGUCUGUCCCACAGGAAGCAUGGUUACCACAACUGGACACUUUAACUGAACCGAAUACAUCUGAAGAGGAAGAAGAAAAUGUGCUUCAUAAUGACUACUGGGCUCCUGAAAGGAAGCCAUCUUUUCAUUAUUCCACUUCUUCUAACAGUCACAAUGCUGGUCCUUCCUACCUUCUCACCCCUCCAAAAAUGAAAGAUCUGCUGACUGACGUGUCUGGAAUAUCUUCUAUAUGGGCCGAUGAGAAUCUGGGUCAGACUGGGUUAUCCGAUACGGCAGAAAUCCUAGACGAGUUGGUGAGAGAAGGGUAUUUGUCCCCGACUGACCUGGACUUGUCCAAUUCACAGACUGCAUACUUUAGCAGCAGGCUGGACCAGCAGCAAAGUAGCUGGAUGUCGCAGAAACGUGUCCUUCCAGAGGAUGAGAGGAGAGAGCUGCGGAUCUGGAUGAGAAGGAAACAGAGGGAAAGUCUGGCUGUUUAUCAAAAGCACCGAGAGAGCCUGAGGGAGAGGGAGCGCAAACCUUUUUCUACCUCUGGAACUGUGAAAUCAACAAACAAGAAUCAAGCAACCGUUUGGAGAACCAGAGAGGAGAAAGAAAAGUUCAUGCUUCUGGAGCAAUACAAGCAGAGGACCCGUGACGCCUGUUCUUUGGCCAGUGACUUUCCCGCCAGUCCUCCAGCCCUACGCACUUCUUCACAGGCUGAAUGUUCACCAGUGCCUUUAACUACACGACCCAACUCCGCUCCUCUCUCUGGUAGCACUCACAGGGACUACAAUGUGUCUGCCGAUGAUAAAAUAAAUCUUAAAUCAGGACAAGCUCAAUCCCACCUUCGUCCAUGGACUGCUGAGAUGCAGGGACGGACUUCAGAGGACUACCGCAGGAGACUGGGACUACAUAGACCAGUUACUUCUCUGCCAAGAGACCGUCUGUCCCAGGUGACCAGACGUGGUAUGCUCACGCACACAAAGAGCCACACUAAACUGCACACAGCCAGCCAGAGUGAGGAGCGCCAUGUCGGGGAGCAGAGAAAGACGGGGCCGAACAAAGGUCCUUCAGGUGGGGCUGCUGUAGGGAGAGGGAUCCUGAGGGAGCACACGAGGAUGGAAGAGAGAGAAGAAUUGAAUAGGCUGCUGGAACCAGAGGAGUCGGACAUAGUAAGACUGCUGGAUGAGCAGGAUGAUGGCGCCAGAGCUGGCGUGUCAGCGAUGGACUGGCUGGACAACCUUUCGGAGAACGGCGGCAGCAGCCUCAGCAAAAUAGACUGGGCCGCUAUCGAGAGGAUGGUGGCUGCAGAGGACGCUUGAGCUCGAGUGUCUCAAGUAGAGGAGAAACAAUACCACGUCGACACUGAAGUUGAUAGUAUAUUACUGGAAAACACUUCCAAGAUUGUAUGUGCCUAUUGAAUACAAAAUAUAAAUAUAAACAUUUUAAAGCAUAUAUAUUUUUUAUUUUAGAUAUAUUUAAUAAAUUAGAUAUGAUCAGCAGUGAUAUUAAAUAUAUUUAGGAGAGAUUGAUGUUGUAUUGGUAAAGAAUAAUAAAUGAUA